AUGCAUUUUGCUGCAGGCGCUGAAUCGUUGCGUGGCUUGGACCAAUCAAUCAAGCCCCUGCCUGCUGGUGGCCGCCGAGGGCCCAAUAGCUCCGCUCUGAAGCUCUUCCGAUUCCUCGCGCGCCUCGCGACAACCACAUACACAUAUACACACAAGAUGAAUGCCAUCGAGAGCAGGCUGCGGCCCAAGCACCAGGUCCUCAUCCUCAAGUGCUACCCCCGAACCACAAAAGGCGCUGUCGACGUUAAGCCCAACUCGAGCGAGCUCAGCUACCUGCUCUUCUACGCCACCAGCCGACGCUCCAAGAUUCAAAAAAUCGGCGCCUUUCUCGAGAAGAAGACGGCCAGUGACGUCUGGCGCAUGCGCAUUGGCAAUGUGCAAGUCACCCUUGCCAUCCUCGCCGCCCUCGUCGAAAAGUCCCCGAAGGAGGCCACUCUCAUCGCUUCUACCGUUCUCAAAAUCCUCGACCUCAUCCUCCGCUCCGACGACAUCACCAUGAUUGAAUCCUCCAUCCCCACCUUCGAGGCCUUUUGCGAAAACCACGACCCCAGCUCCCUUUUUGGCGACAAGGACUACCUCACCCACUACGAAGCCGUCAUUCGCGCCUACGCCCAGCUCGCCUCAAACAAGUAUCACACCGACAAGCCCGCGACCACCCGCUCCGUCCAGAUCCGUUGGCGCAAUGCCGGCCUUAGCGCCAUCAAGUGCGUCUCCGCCGCCGACGCCCUCUCCUCCCUCUCCGGUCGCCAGAUCAACGUCAUCGUGCCCGUUAUCCUCGACAACCUCUGGUCCGACAAUGACAACUUCCUCGAUGUCGUUUACGAUCGCCACCAGCUCGAGGAGAAGCAGGGCGCCGACAAGACGGUCCGUCGCAGGACGAGCGUCGCCACCGUCCGCACCAACGAGGAGCCCGCCGACGCCAACCCCCUCGCCAUCUCGGGCACCGCCGCCGACGUUGACAACAUUGCCGAGGAGGAGACAGGUGUCCUGGCACUACAGUGCCUCCAAAGCAUCUUUGUCGCCCCCAAUAGGUCCCAGAUUCACUCUGCCACCACAGCUCUGCUGCGAUUCAUUACCCAACGAGCCGUUGCUGGUGACAGGGUCAUUGCCUCUGACUUCGCUACCAACGCCGACUCAGGCCCUGCCAUCCAAAUCUUCAACAUCAUCUCACGCUGGGCCCCCGUUCAGGAUCGCUACAUUAUUUUGCUUGUCGUCCUCGACACCAUGGUUCGUGGCCCCGUCAAAGAGGAUACUCUUGAGCCGCAGAUUGUAUAUACCGCCAUCAUAGGCGCCAUGCUGCGCUCCGACCUCAACUUGAUUGGUCUUAGCGUCAUGGAUGUGCUUCACGGUCUCAUCCGCCAGAUGCGUAAGCUCUUCCAGCUGCGCAGUGGCAGUAACCGAUCCGGCAGCAACCGAUCCGGCAGCGGCAGCGACGACCAACUCGAAAACCUCCACCCCUCUCGCGACUCCCUGCGUGCCAGCCUUCUCCAUCGCCUUGAGUCUUGCAUCGGAGAUUUGGCCCACCACAUAUACUACGCCGAUCAAGUCUGGGACAUGAUCACCGCCAUUCUCGCCCGCCUGAAGCCUACCAACGCCGGCAGUUCCGCUUCGCUGCCGCCCGUAGACAGGCCCAACGCCGUUGAGAAUGGCUACGCUGAGGCCGUUACGCCCGACCCUGCCUCUGGCGAAACCACGCAAAACUCGCAGAACGACCAAUACCUUUCCUACACGUCGGGUCGCGCUUCAGCCCUGCGCGCCAUCAAGGCUAUUCUGCUCGUCGCUAACCCGCAGAAAAAGGUGACAGGCAACAUGAAUCUCUCGCGAAGCCGGGUGCCCAUCCAGGUCUGGGAGGAGACGCAGUGGCUUCUGCAGGAUCCCAAUGGCAGCGUUCGAAAGGCCUACGUCGACGCUCUUCUCAUAUGGCUGGAUAGGGAGACCGUCUCGCAGGAUUGCAACGCCGACGACGACUUUAAAAGCCCCUCGUCGCCUUCAAGAAACCAUGAUAUACUCUCCUCGCGCCGCGCCGCCUCCGGCAAUGCCCAGCGCGAGAAGGCGCUCAAGAACCACCACGUCUCCCACUUUUUGCCCAUGCUGCACCUCGCCGUCUACGACUCUGCCCUGCAGCUUGUCGACUUUGACAGCGACAUGUGCUUGCUGCACGCCCUGCUUUCCAAGCUCGUCGCUAAGCUCGGCAUCAACGCCGUCCGCUACGGCUUGCCCAUGAUUUUCCGCCUACAGGAGGAGAUUCAAGAAGUCGACUUGCCUAUCCAAAAGGUGCGCAUUGCAGCGCUCUGCCACGGCUACUUCUGGAGCGUCACCGAUAAGUUCCAGCUCGACAACUCCAACGUUGGCCGCGCCAUUCGCAACGAGAUCAAGCGCCGCCAGCAGACGCAAUUCUGGGUCGAGGGCAUCACGGUCCCUCCCAAGCCACUCUACGAGAUUGGCGUUCUCGGCCGCGCUGGACAGGAUCCUACCUGGGAUACAAAGGUCGUCGAGACCGGUGAACUUCUGCCUUUCGACGACAAACUAUCGCUGGUAGAGAGCAUUGCCUCAGCAUACCAGGAUAGCGUCCAGUCGCCUCCUGCUAGUCCGGCAGCCUCGCCAAGUGGCCGUCAGCAGAUGCCGGCCUUUGGCGCCAACAUGCAGUCCAUCAGCGAGACGGAGCGUGACUCGGAACUGCCAACCAACUACCGCCAGCAGCUGCUUGCCGAAUGGUCUCGCGAUGGCACCAUUGCCGCGAUGGCUGCCCAGCGCAGGACCGAGUCUCUCGCAGGGUCGAAGAAGACGGGCAACACUGCCACCCGGGGUAACCGCCUGGCUAUUAACACGACGGGCGGCCCCGGCGGCAACAAUGUCAACGCCGCCGGCUUGCCCGUCUCGCCGUAUGGCAGUCUGCAUAACUUGCGGCCGCAUUCGGCACAACCGCAGACGGCUGUGGACCGCUUCGGCUCCAAGAUGCGCAAGUCGAGCGUUCAGAGUGCCAACGUCCCCUCGCCCUCACCCAGCCAGCAAAGGGAAAAGGGCAGCGCUAUUGCCUCGGUUGACCAGCUCAAGAUGAUGCUAUCCGGCAACGUCUCGCCGCGUGCCGCUGGUAUCCCGGGCGUCACCAACCCGGACUCGGAUGAUAGUGGCGAGUCCAUGCUUAGCUAUGACUACACCAUGUCCGAGCUCAGCUUUAAUCCGGCAACCGGACAGCCAGAUGCAUUCAGCAGCCGCGGCGGUGGGGCCGGUAGUCCCGCGGGACAGGACAUGUUCAGGCGCAACGCCUCGAUGUCCUCACGCGGCGCUCCGCCGUCGACGGCGCACACAGAUCGCAGCACCAUCAUCUCCUACAGCGCUGACGGUGAGGAGGAGGACAUCGUACCCCCCGUCCCGCCGCUGCCGAACAUUGCUACCUACCCAGGCAAGCAGCCAGGCGGCCUGCUCGGGCAUGACGCGUCUCUUAAAGGGAUGAAGCGUGGCACCAACGCCCACGUGGAUGUAGGUCGCCAGCGCAACGGCAGCCAGGGCGCUGCGACGGCGCGAGGCCCGGUUGACCUGCAGGACCUGCUGAGGGGCAUUGACAGCACAUCUGACGAGGGGACUCUGGGCAACCUCACCCGUCCGCCAUACUGA